UGCCAGCCGGGCCUCCAUUGUUGUAACCCUCAUUAGCACCAGUUAAAAGAAUCUGUUCUGCAGGACCAGAGGCGCCACUCUGCAGCCGCUCCCCGGCUCGUUCACAGCGGAAACCUUAAACUACUUCUUCUCUACAGACAAAGCAAAAACUACCAAGUGAUUACCAACAGUACACGGCAGCAGGGGGCUUGAGGUUCUGCUCGAAGACGCCAGCAUGAACUCUCCAGAUUAUGGAGUUUCAACAAUGAGGAGAGGAAGCUAUGAUGAUGCUGCAGCUUCUCUACAUCCUCACCUUAGACACUUGGCUCAGAGAAGGCGCUCUGCCCCGUCACUGGUCUUUGGGAAGGCUCUGCCAUGGUCCCCUAUCAGGGAGGAGGCUUCCUGCUGGGCCUCUAUGGAGCAGAGUCCAUUUGUCCUUGGCCUCACCAGUGAGAACGGAGAGCUGCUGCUGGACGAACGUGUUCAGGUCACAGAGGGCUCGAAGACCAAGGAGAGACACCUGUUCCUCUUUAGCAAUGCCAUUGUCUUUGCUAAACUCAAGUCGACUGCCAGCUAUCGUCUGAAGCACAGGGUGAGCCUCGAGGACAUCUGGUUUUACGGGUUUGAAGACGAACCGGAGGAAGAGGAGGCAACGACGGGGGAUAUUGAUCUCAGGGUGACCCUCGUCUUAGCCUGGGAUCUCUGUUUUUGUUUGGUUGGUUUUCGCUCACCUGAGGUGAAAGAACACUGGUUAGAUACUCUUCACAGAAAAAUUAAAGAAGCAAAAGCGAGAGGAGGUUGUGCUUGUUCCCCUCCAGACGUCCUAAUGAAGGUUUUGAGUGGCAGCGUCACGACUAAAACUCUAACAGGAGGUGGCAUGGAACAAUUCAUUGAGUUUUCCCUUGAUGGCGACGCAAAGACCUCUGCUGUGUCAAAGCAGUUGAAUAACAAGGAGGACAAGCAUGACACUGAAACCAGAUGGAACCUGGUGAGGAGGCUCAGAAAGGGCCAUAGUCUCAUCAACAAAGCAUGCCGGUCAGAGACCGACCCCAAGCCUCGGCUGUUUGGACAGACCCUCAGCAAGAUAUGCCCCGACGAAAGCUCCCUUCCCAAACCAGUCUCACUGGUGCUGCUGUUGCUGAGGAAGAGAGGGCCGUCCACCGAGGGAGUGUUUCGCAAACCGUGCAACAACAAGAACAUGCGGGACAUCAAAGAGCAACUCGACAGCGGCCGGGAGGUGGACCUGGAGGGCCAGCCGGUCGUCCUGCUUGUUGGGCUGCUCAAAAGUUUUCUGAAGGAACUUCCUGGCAGCUUGCUGGUGUCUGAACUUUAUGACAAGUGGAUGGCUGCUCUGAACAAUGAAGACACCCAGCAGAGAGCUCUGGAAAUCAAAAAGGUGGUAGAGGACCUCCCUGGACCCAACAAACUCCUCCUUCAGCAUCUAGUCUGCGUCCUCCAUCACAUCCUCGAGAGCGCUGACACCAACAAGAUGGACGCCUCCAACCUUGCGGUGUGUAUUGCCCCCACGCUGCUGCAGCUGGAUGGCACCCCCCUGGAUGAACAGAAGGAACAGAUGAAGAAGGUCACAGAGCUAACUCAGUUCCUGAUCGAGCAUUGUGAGAUACUUGGAGAGAAUAUCCCCAAUCUGCUGGAUACUGAUGCAGACUCACUGUCCUCUCAGCAUCAUGACUCUGCGUAUGACAGCACCGACCCGGAUGGAUAUGGAGAGGCAGGAGAGAGUACCAGCUCCACCCAUUUAGAGAGUGGCUCAUCUUCCUCUCUCAGUCCCAGCUUCACCACCUCCUCCUGGUCAGCUGAUACGAUGUUCGACACAAAGCCAGCAGUCACCCGCCGCUGCUCUGAGCCCAUCAUCCUCCUGUCAGCUAAUCUUGAGAGCCUGUGUAGCCAUUCCAGGAGCCACGACGACUGCUCCAUGGAGAGCAAGGACUUUGAGGAACAGCCUCUGAAAAAGCAGAUCUCGGACGACUCCUUCUUGCUCAGAGUACGAUGUGGAGCAAGGCCAGUAUCUUUUCCAAAACUUGGCAGCAGCUCCAACAUGGAUCCUCUGCCCUACAUGGCAGGUAACUGCUCAUGCUCUUCCCUUGAGAGCGCUGCCUCUAAUCAGUCUGAAAGCUCUGUCUUCACCAGCUCCCCCAUGGGGUCGCCACCCUGCCUCAGAAGAGCAAACACCCCCACUCAGCCUUCAAUGGCAGCAAAGCCUCAGCAGGACAUCCCCAGACUGAUUUCAGAUGAGAAGAGGCGUUCACAGUCCGUGAGAGUUGCCACUAAAGUCCUAAUGCGGACCAGGAGCUUAGGUCCCUUCAGCAGGAGUAGCAUGAAGAAAGACUCUCAGAAGGAAAACUCCUUCCCUUGUGGAACCCUUCAGGAGGACUCUCAGAGUGAAGCGGACCCACCAGCUGAGCUUAUACACAAACCCCGGCCUUUGUCAGCCAUUGAAGUGUUUAAGCAGGUGGACAGAAAGCUUCCAGCAAGGCCUCCAUCAUACGAGCAGGCAGUGCAGAACACGGGCCUUCCUCCACAGUAUGGAUCAAUGACUGUAUACGAUGCCAUAGUGCUGGAGAGAAGGUCCCGUCCAUCCUCUGUAAACUAUGACUUCCCAACUACCUGUUCUGUCAAUCAGUACAGAGACGAUGUCCAGCAGCGGCAGCCUUUCCGCCAGAGAGCCAUGUCCGAGUCCGUGUCUGCAGGUCAUCAUGAGGCUGUGUCCCGCAGAUGUAGCCAGCCUGUGUUUGAGGAAUUUUCUUACGCCAAGGAGUCUUAUGUUUGAUUGACUUUAAAAGUGAUUCACAGAUUGGAUUUUAGAUAUACAUUCAUUGGA